AUGCCGCUGAAUGAAAAUAAGGAUUUGUCUGGUGAUUUUGUGGUUAGAUCAACCAUGGGCAAGGGCUUUGACACUUUCAGGGGCAUUCUCGGCGAGGAUUUGCCUGAAGAUACUAGUGCUCGAUUUCAAAUGACAAUGGUUUCUGAGCUUUUGAAGCGUAAGAUUAUUUGUGAUAGAAAGGAUGAGAUUUGGAUCAAUUACUGUGGCAUGCCGGCGGACAAGAAAGCGAAGGGUUCCAAAGCUAAGAAUAAUGUCUCUUUGGUAAACUUAGUGGGAAGGAGCUACACUCAAAAGAAAUUAUUGCAAGACUUGGAGUCCAAAACUUUCUCAAAAAAGCACAAGGAGGCACUGUGCUUAGUUUGGUUUGUGCAUAGUGUUCUUUGGGCAAGAGACGUAAACUACAACAUACCGCUUGGAUUGAUUAAACUCGUUGAGGACUAUGAUGCCUUCAACAACUAUGCCUGGGGUUUUCAAAGCUUUAACUUGACUAUUGAAUAUUUGAUGAAGGAUUUGAAGCCAACGGGGAAGACACAAAACCUAUAUGGCUUCCCUUGGGCUUUCAUGGCUUGGGCAUUUGAAGCCAUUCCUCACCUCAGGCAUCAAGUCAAGGAAUACUCCAAAGAAGUUACCUAUCCAAGAAUUGUUAGAUGGCUCACUGCCAGGAACAACACAAAAUUGAGUGUUGACCUUUUCAACCCCCCUAAGGAAGCUGUAAGCAUUAGAACACAACAGAUGACUAGGUGUUGCAACAACUUUUAUAAUCUGCUACAACAACACAUUUAUCUGUUGCAACAAGUUAUGCAUCUGUUGGACAAUGUCCAACAGAUAAUUAACUGUUGUGAACCCAUGGCUUGUUCCAACAAUAAGAGAGUUGGAGAUGCCAUGCCUUGUCACCUUUGUGCCCAUAGAAUCGUGCUGACAGUGAUUAAUGGGUUCAAAGCGGGGAAUUGGCUGGAGUGA